UAGUUACGUCGUACGAGAUGCCUCGUAAGAUUUCUAACCUAACUUUAACAAUUAUUUAUUACUACUGUUAAUCCAUUGUCAGUCUCUUACCUGUAAAUUCCUCUUUGCCAUCAAUAUGGCAAUAGAUCUCAUGGUAGUAAGCAAAACAAAGUUCCAUUUUAAAAGAUACAUAUGUAUGAAACUAACGAAUAUUAUGUCGUUGAAUUUAAUAAAAUAAUUGUAAAAGACUAAACACGUGUGUGUGUGUGUGUGUGUGUAUAUAUAUAUAUAUAUGUACAUAUAUAUGCAUAUGUAUACCGUAUAUGUAUAUAUUAUCCUUGGACUCGAUGUAUGUAUCAGCUCAGAAUGGUUUCGCGUAAAAAGAACGACAGUCAAUCCAAUAUUUUAUUGCCGAUUUUAGUAAGUGCCUGUGCUAUUCCUAUAUCAAUGUUGUUUUGGUCGAUAAACGUCCUUUAUUCAACCUUCUCGUCGGAAUCUAAAGGUUAUAACGAGGAAUCAUUACAAAUGAUAUCACCAUGGAGAUGGUUGGCAGCUAUAAUAAUUCCAAUAACAUUUGUUUUUUGGGGCCUAAAGAAGAAAAGCUUAGAUAUAUCUGGAGCUAUAUUUGGACUGUUCGUGGGUUUCAUAUUGACGCUCACUAGUUUUAGUCAUUUAAUAUGUUUAAUAAUAUUUUUCAUUACUGGAUCAAAAGCAACCAAAUUUCGUUGUAACUUGAAAAAGGUACAAGAGAAAGGAUAUAAGGAAGGUGGACAGAGAACAUGGAUUCAAGUAUUGUGCAAUGGUGGAAUGCCUACUCAAUUAGCUUUGUUAUAUCUUUUGGAUGUUGGAUGUGGAGAACAUCCUAUUGAUUUUGAUAAGAAUUACAGAAGUUCAUGGUUAUCAAUAGGAAUAUUAGCGGCUUUUGCUUGUUGCAAUGGUGAUACAUGGGCUUCUGAAUUUGGUACAGUAUUGGGUAGUGGUGAUCCAUUUCUUAUCACAACAAGAAAACGAGUACCACGUGGAACGAACGGCGGCGUAUCAUGGAUAGGUCUAUUGUUUUCUGCUCUUGGCGGAAUAAGUAUAGGUUUGGGCUUUUUCUUCACUACAUUGUACGCUGUAGAUACAGCAACACUAGAGUUAGCAGCACCGCAAUGGCCUAUUAUUAUCAUAGGUGGAAUAGCAGGACUGUGUGGUAGUCUUUUAGAUUCUAUAUUAGGGGCAACAUUACAAUAUUCAGGUAUAGAUAAAGAGGGAUUGAUAGUUCAACAUCCAGGGAAAGGAGUGAAACAUAUCAGUGGUAGACAGAUAUUAGAUAAUCAUAGUGUUAAUCUCUUAUCAUCGAUUAUUAUCGCUCUUACUUUUCCUAAAGUGGCAAAUGUAAUUUGGCCAUGAGAUAGAUCUUAUAGAAUAAUUGUAUCAUUUAUUUAAUCAUAUGACAUUUUCAAUUUCCUUUAUAUUUUACUAAAUAACUAUAUUUGAA